AUGUUGUCAAUCCAUAAGGGGUUCGCCGAUCGCACAGCAAAUGACUAUAAUGAAGACAGGGUUCGGCUCCCUUCGUGUGUUCCUAAAAGAUGCGGACGUUUUGUGUCCGAUUCGGUGAUCACGGAAUCGGAAGCCAAACACAUGUUGUCAGUCGCGAAGAGAGGCCUAUCAUUGGGCGGCGGUUCGGGCGGCUAUUCGGGCCUCAACUUAUAUACGGGCGUCCUUUCGAUGGCAACAAAUCGCGUGAAUAUCUAUAAACUCAUUGAACGGACGCAACGAAAGGAAGAGGAACUGAAAGAGCUGUUCACCGAAAAAGAGUUAGAAGUCUACAGAACUGUGACGAACAGAAUCCACAAAAGGAUUGCAAUUCAUUUCGGCAUCUCUUGGGCUCAGCUGUACUUAACAUAUCCGGCGGUCUUCUUGAGAUACACAGCAAACAGCGCCCAAACCAAACGCGACGUGUAUUGGCGCCGACACCUCGACAAACGGGACAUUAAAUUCGUUCACUUCUCUUCUUUGCUGUAUUUGUCGACAUAUGGGACGGACUUCUCCUUUGGACGCUUUGUAUUCGCGGACGAGAUAUUGAACACAACUAUUGAGCCUAAGUUGGGAAGAGUCGUGGCGUACACCUCAGGCUCAGAGAACGAGCACUUCGUCGAUAGUCACGUCUGGGACCCGAUAUGCGCUUGA